UUGGGUUCAAGAGAACAGCAAUGUGUGUUAUCUACUUUGUGAAGCAUUACCCCUCAACUGGAAGGAAUUGGCAAGUUACUUAUUAUGAACCUACUAGUGAGUUAAAGUGCAGCUGUGAGAGAAUGGAGUCAGUAGGCCUUCCUUGUGAUCACAUUGUUUCUGUGAUGGUGCACAUAGACAUGGUUGAGAUUCCUAAAUCCCUUGUUCUUGGUAGGUGGACUAUUAAUGCUAAGGAAUCUAUUGAGGGCUUUGGAGAAACUGAAAUGAAUGAAUGGGAUCAACUAACAGUCUGUCGAUAUUCUGCAUUGCUUGCAAGUUGUAGAAACCUGUGCAAACUUGCUUGUCGCACAAGUGCACAAUUUCUAGAGACCAAAUCACUUGUAUUUGAGCACUGUAAAAGACUGAGCAGUAAUUCACAGGUUGACGUGACAGCUGGAGAUGGUGCUGCUGACCAUGGUGCAACAGUUGAUGAGGGACAGGGUGAGGAAGGUGAAGAGAGGCACAUUAGGAAUCCUGAUGUUGUCAGAUCUAAGGGAUGUGGGGCCAUUAUCUCUCAACGGUCAAUGAAAGGUAAGCGUACUCUUCGCUGUGGUAUCUGUGGCAAGCCAGGACACAACCGCACAACAUGCACACGUAGAGAUGGCCAAACGUCUACUCAACUAGGAACUCAACAAGGAACUCAAGAGGGAUCUAUUGGUGCUGGUCUCACCCAGAGACUAUUUGAAGAAGAAAAUGAAAAUGUUUGAGACAGAUGUUGAGGAGGUUGUGGAUCCUUUGCUGGUGUGGUUUACGGAGGCUGACGUAGUUUAGUUCCAUGGAACCCUAGUAGUAUGUCUUUUUUAAUUAGAAAGUUUAAUUAGAUUGUGGUGUAUUAGGUACAAAACAAUUUGUGUUACUGUUGGAUUUGUAUUGAGUAAAUGUUGACUUGUGGUGUGUAUUAAGUUUAAUUUGA